AUGGGAUCAUCAUUUUCUUGUGUUAAUCAUUUAGUUCAAACAAAACUAGCACUUCGAUCUACUAUUGCUGAAGAUCAUCUUUGUCUUAAUAGUGAAACAAAAUUACUUAUCGCCAGUAAUACUUUUAGGAAUAAUCUUGAAAAAUUUCAAAAAUUUUUAGAAUCAUUUGCUAUUUAUAUUAAAAAAUUAGAAGGUGAUGAAUCAUUACUUUCAAAUGCAUUUCUUGAAUAUCAACAACUUAAAGUAUCUGUAAUUCUUACUUAUAAAUUAGAUCCACAAUAUCAUGGUAAUCGGCUUAAUGCACAAAAAUGGGAUGUUAUUAUUGAAAAAGAAAUUAUUCAAUUAGUGGGAGAAGAAUAUAAAGAUAUAGUUUUAAUAGAAUUAUUGGAAAAACAGGAGGUUUUGCAGCUAGUCAUUUAUGGGGUGAUUAAGGUAGCUAUUCAGGUACUUUCAAUACCUGCAACCUUGGCUGUUAAAUUUGCAAAUUUACGUGCAAUAGAUAAACCAAUUACAUUAGAUGGUUGGAUUGAAAAUAUAUUGCAAAAAAAAGUUAUAGAAAAAUCUGAUGAAAAUCUAGAUAAAGAAUAA